AUGAGGUUCCACCGAGAAAGCGAGGACAGCACUGAGCUGGUACAUUUCGGGGAUCAGAUAACACUGUAUUCUAAUGAUAAGAAUGGUGGGUUGCUUUGUAUGGAGGGUCAAAUUAGUAACAAACCUAGUGUUAUACGUAUAAACAGUGACCAGUUGACUGUAUCAACUCUGACUAGAGAUUCUCGCUUCUUUAUCUUUGCUAUGCAGAGAAAUAUAUUUCACGACUGUUUCCGAAAAGAAGAAACUAGCUUUGGUGCAGAAUAUAACUUAGAGGAUUUCAAACAUGAUAAUGAGCAACACAGUAAAUUACAGGGGCGUCUAAGUGAAUCUGUGGUGUAUUAUGGAAGCAUUAUUGAGCUUAUUCAUGUAAAGUCGAAUAAAAUUCUUCGAGCGAAAAAAGAGAUAUCACCUCAAUUUAAGAAUGCUUCUGUUCGAUUUACAUUGGAAGAAUAUGAAGGGGAUGAAUCAUGGUUUAUAAUUCAACCAUUGUACAAGCAUAAACAGUUGGGUGAUCCUGUUGUAAUUGGUGAUAAAGUGAUUCUCCUUGCUAGUCGUGCUGGUUGUGCUCUUAAUAUCGAUCAGCUCGAUCCGAAACUCACUUAUACUACUACUACUAAUAAUAAUAAUAAUAACGACAACAGUAUUACUAAGCAACACAAAUUAUUAACAAAUGGUUGUCAUCAAAAUAUCAGUCAUCUUCAUCAGCAGAAUAAUAACAGCAAUAAUAACAAUAAUAAUAACAAUAGCAGUAAUAAUACAAGUUGGCAAAUCAACGUCUACUUAGGUUAUCAGGAUAAUUUGGAACAUAUACUAAAAGGGGGUGAUGUGAUUAGAUUAUUUCACAGUGAAUCAGAAAAAUUUCUGACGUGUGAUGAAUAUCAAAAUGAGCUGCACGUGUUUCUGCGUACUACAUUUCGAACAGCAACAACUACAGCAAAAAGCUCAAAAGCACUAUGGGAGAUUGAGGUGAUCCAUUCAGAUUCGAAACGAACUGGAGCAGGCCACUGGAAUAGUCUAUUCCGUUUGAAGCAUUUAACUACGGGGAUGUAUUUAUGCGCAAAAGUGCACAAAAUGGAAGAUCGAUGCGGAAAUACAAAAGUGCCUUCUUAUCGUGAACAAGAUAACUAUUGUACACCAAGAUAUCUUACUUUAUCAAAAGAUCCAACAUUUGAAACAGUUUUUGAAUUAGAUUCAACAAGUCAUAACAAAGAUAAUAAUGAGCUUAUACCGAAUAAUGCGUUUGUACGUAUUUGUCAUACAGCUUCAAAAAUGUGGAUUAAAGCCAGUGAAGUGACAAUUGAUAAAAAUGUUGACAAGCCUAUAAUGCAUAUGCUUAAUCUAACCUGUGUCAAAGAUAAUAAAGAAGUGUUUGCUAUCCUUCCUGUGCCUGCAUGCAUAAUCAGAGAUUUAGAUUUUGCCAGUGAUGUCUACAAAGCUCUUGGAGUUAUUCUCAGCAGUCUAAGAGAUCAAGGCAAAUUGAUGGAUAUCCAGCUAAAGUCACUUACAUUCAUUCUGUCAGAAUUAAUAACUUUUCUUGACGGCAGUACAGAUCUAACAAGUGAGAUAACGAGUAGUACAUCUGUAAAAAAUCAUGUGGCUUUACGUGAUCGACAAAAGCUGUUACGAGAACAGAAUAUUAUUUCUCAGAUUAUACAAAUUCUCAGCUUCAAUAUUCUAAGCAGUCUGCCUAAAAGAUCAACGUCAAAUGUAAAUGAUUAUUUAAAAAAUUCAAAAAUGUUCAACUCUGAACCAGAUAUUUCAUUAAUCUCAAAAUUAAAUGAAUCAGGAAUAGAUAAUGGCUGUCUCAAUGGACAAGAGGUCUUCUUAGAUGAGAAAAGUGAAAUAUUAGCCUGGCAAACAGUUGGAAGUCUCUGUUAUCGUACUUUGACGCUGUCACAGCAUAAUUAUAGAAAAAACCAGGAGUAUUUAGCUCAGUAUUUAAAUUUAAUGCAAUCUCAUAUUGGUUUGGGGAUGAGAGCAUCAGAAACAAUUACAGCCUUAUUGCAUAACAAUAGAAAAUUACUUGAAAAACAUGUUGGUGAACAAGAAGUUGCCACGUUUAUUUCAUUAGUUAGAGAUAAUUGUGAAGCACGCUUCUUAAACUACUUAUCAGCAUUAUGUACUUCUUCUGGUGUAGCAAUUCCGAUUACUCAAGAACUUAUCUGUCAUCAACUGUUAUCUAAAGAGAAUGAAGAUCUGCUAGUAGACACGUGUGAAAAAACAAUUAUCAACUCAGAGCAGCAAUCAGAACUGGCUGUCGUCUUAACUUGGAAACAAACAAAUAUUCUAGAUGAAUAUUUCUGGAGAAGUUGUAUCAACUCCUACUUAAUUAUUAAUCAUUCUGCAAGGCAUCAACGAUAUAAUUUAUCAGUCAAAAUCAGCCGAUUGGAUAACAAACAAGCUAAGCAUACCUCAAUUUGUUCUUUGAUGAUGAAUUAUUAUCAAGCUCAAAUUGAUUUGUUUGCAUUGUUAUGCCAAGAUAGACAGUAUAUUGCUAUUCAUUAUUUUAUGUCAAAGCUGCCUAUUGACUUAUUGCUGAAAUGCAUACGAAACGAACGACUAAGACCAGGCCUUCGAGCUUCUUUUACACGUUUGCUACUUAAUCUUCAUGUGGACAGAGAUCCUCAAGAAUUGAAUCAACCAAUUCAGUAUGCACGUUUAUGGAGUUCAUUGGGUACAAAAUCUGAUAUUUUCACUUAUGAAGCAGCAAGCAAUCAUACAGUAAAACAAGAAAGUAUUAAAUAUGAUUUUAUACCUGUUAUGAAUUUUAUCAAUGAAUACUUGGAUGAUAUUUUGGUGUAUGGUCGUUAUCUCACCGAUCCGAGUUAUAUUACUCUGACGUAUGAGAUUAUCAAUUUAUCAAGACAUUUAGUAUUUUUUGGACUUUAUAACACGGAGGAAUUAUUGAUUUUGGGUCAAAAGCUUGUCUUCAUGCUUGAUCGUUGUGACAGCAGCAGCAGCACUAGGAGUGAUUUGAAAGGUGAAGUGAAUAAAGUUAGAGAAAGGGGGUCAACAACAUCGCCGUCAGCAUUACUGACCAGUUUCAGCAGUGACAGACUUUUAGAUUUAAAAGUGAAAAGUCUGGAGAUUAUUGAAUAUAUUUUAGAUGUUCGUGUAGAUUAUCAGAUAUUCAGUCUACUGACUACUCUUCGGUGUAUUAAACAACCUGAAAAUAAUUCAAACGGCCAAGGAUUAAAAAAUUUAGUAGAAGAUCAAAUGUCAGAACUAUCAAGUUUGGUCAAAAGCAAACUUACCACUCUGUUCCAUUUACAAGUUGAAAAGCGAACUGAUGAUGAUGAUGAUCACGAUGGUUGUGAAAUGGUGCAAAGUAAACUAACUAUCCUAAAUAUAGAUGGUUAUAAUGGUCAGUUGUUGGUUAACGUUCUAGCUCGUCUAUGCAUUUCUACAAGUGUUGAGUUAAAGUCGAAAUCUUUGCAACUGUUAUUUCGACACUUUGGUCAACAAGAAGAACUUAUUGUAAAGUUUAAACAGGUGCAACUGUUAGUAUCAGAUACAGGGAUCAAAGUUUAUCGUCAACUCAAAAGAUAUCUGGAUACUUUACGUGGUUUAAUUGAAAAGUCUGAAUUAUGGAUGAAUAGCGAGAUUCAUAUGAUGACUUCUAGCAGUAACUUUCAGGUUCAUAGUGAAAGCAGUCAUCAAACAAGUAAUUACAGUCUCGUUAAAGAUAUUCUAUGUAAUAUUAUUUCUAUAUGCCAACCUGAAUCAAUUGAAAGCCGUAAAAUGUCUCGCCACAGUCAUUCUCUAUUCUUACAAAAUAAUGCAAACAUAUUAAAAGACACUAGUCUGGAUACUAGUGUACAAAUAACCGGUCAAGUAUUUGGUGCCAUUUAUGCAGAACAUGAAUCAUCUAAACCAUCGUCACCGGUGUCAUCACCAUCAUCGUCAUCAUCGUCGACGUCAUUGUCUUCAUUUCCAUUUGAACAAAUUCAACAACUUUUACGUCAUUUAGGCGCACAUAAUAUACUAAUGGAAUUAUUGAAUAUACAGUUCAAAUGCGACGAUAUGAUACUCAGUGCGAUUGUACACUUGGCCAAGUAUAUUCUAUGCUUAUUUUGUUAUAAACAUGGAACAAAUCAGAAAUUAUUAUUUCCUUAUUUGGAUAAAUUUCUGACAAAUGAAAUUGAUGAUGCAGAAAUUUGUAUGGCAAUCCUUGAAGGCAAUACUGAAUUAUGCAUGAUGAUGACAGAUCGUUCAAUGAUGCGAAAACUAUGCAUUCUCCUUCAAAGCAGCAGUCCACGCUUACAUUGGCUUCGAGUAUUAUCAACAGUGUUGCAACCGAACUCAGAGAUAUUACGACCAAUGCAAGAAAUGUUGUCUACUGAGCUUUCCUCAAUGUUCGAUGAUACAUUAUUCCUGAUGAAUAGUUCUUCACGUGUACGAACCAUCUUGGAUUCUUUCCUGUCAACAAUGAUUAUUUCAUCGAAAUCAUCAACAACUUUCAGCUUACUCAAAUUAUCCGAUGCUACAUUCAAGCAAGAUUUAGAAUUCAAUAUAGAAUUCUUAAGCCUACUGAAUAGGCUUAUCACUAAAGAAUGUGAUACAUUAUUGAAAAAAUAUCAAAAAUGGUUUAAAUUUACUGAAUUAAUUGAGAUAAUUAUUCAUCCCAUGGUGAAAUAUGUCAAUUUCUAUCCAUUGAGACAUGUGUACAUGGAAGGCUUAACAGUGAUUUGUGCUAGUAAAGAGUUUCGUAAGUAUUUUGCCUAUCAGUAUAGUGAAUCAUUGUGCCUUUUAUGGCAAAAUAUUUGUGAAGAAUUAGAUGAACUUCUUCUUUACAAUAAAACAUCAAAUAAUGAAUAUAAAGUAUUCUUGAGAGAUUCACUCAUUGAAUCGAUCAAUAAAAUCUUUCUACAGAUUCAACUGUUAGGAGAUAAUCAACCUCAGUAUCAUCAAGAGGCUAGUCGUCGUUUAAUGCAUAAACUUAUCAGAUUGAAUAAUGAUCCAUUACUCGGUCGUGUGGCUGAUGAAUGUUCACAGAUAAUCAUGUCCACAAUUGCUUCAACAAGUUUGCCUAAUUCCCCCGAAUUCUCCUAUAAACUGGAGCCAUAUUUAACACGAUCACAUACACAGUUAAAUAGAGCAGGUCAGAUAGAACAAUCAUCUGAAUUUGAAAGUGUUUUUGAAGAACCUCUAAAUGAUAAAAGUAACGACGAUGAUAACCAUGAUGAUGAUGGCGAUGUGUAUGCGAAUCCCUUGAAAAAGGAUCCAUUUGAAAUGAUAGUCUUUCAAUGUGAUGCUUUCCAAAAAUUUACGGCUAAGAAAAGUGCAAGUUAUCUUGAAGAUAAUCAUAUUCGAAGCAUAAUCGAUCAGCCCAAAUCUCAAAUAUUUGCAGAUUAUAUAGAAAAACAGUUCAAUUAUAUGAUUACAAAAAUAGAACAUCAUCUUACUUCAUCUAUUCAUGAUGAAUAUGAUUCACUUGUUAAAUUUUUACAAUAUCCUCUGAAUUCAAUUGAAUUACAAACAAUUAGAAGUGAUAAUUUUUCAUACAAUGCAUUUAUAGCCUCGUUAAUGCAGCAUGCCUAUGAUCUGAUUAAAAUCGGCUCUGAAGAUCAAUUUGUCAAGCUUUUGCAGAUUUUCACAUCUUUAUCAAAAACAUCCGUGGAAAAACCAUCAUCUGAAGGCAAAUGGAAUUCAAACACAAUGACAUUAAACCACAACAGUGAUCAAGAUACAACGCAUUAUUUUCUAUGCUCAAAUGGAAUAUGCGAUUUAAUUAUAAAUUGUAUAGAAAAUCCGAAUACUUCAGAAGUUGUAUUCAUUAUGGCCAAUGAACUGGCAAUAAAUUUAUUAAAAUAUGGGAAUAAACAUGUACAAGAAUGUUUUUAUGCCAUUUUAUCAAAGCCUAAAAUCCAUGAAGAAUUCUUUAAUACCAUAUUCCAAAGUAUUCAUAAUGCCUAUAGUCCGGCGGAUAGUUUACCGAAGAAUAAAUCAUUUAUAAAAGAAGAAGAUACGUCACCAACAAGUUAUACAAGUUAUUCAUCUCAACUACCGUCUGGUAAAUUUGUGACAACUUUAAAAACGUUGACAUUUUUGCAAACUCUAUGCAACCGAAGUAAUAUAAGACUACAGGAACUUCUGCGCAUACAACCGCAUAAUGUGACAACAUUCAAUCUAAUCGAAGAAAUUAAAUCGCUAUUCCUCAAUUUAUGGAAAACUAACGAUAAUUUUAUUGUUUCUUCUAUGAAUACUUCAACCGCCAACACUAAUCAGGAAAACAAUCAAUUUGAUGACAAUAAUCCUCAGUGUCGUGUUGAUGCUAGUGCUAAAACUACCCAAGAAGGACACCUCAAAGUCAAUGGUAUAAUACCAGUUUCAAAGCUACAGAAUCUUGCUGAAAAGAGGGGAGCGAAACGGUUGUCUAUAAACACUGGAGUUUCAUUGUCUGUGAAUAGUUUUCAUAAUGCUAAUCAAAGUCAGAAAUCUCCAAGAUUUCACACUGACAGUUAUAAUAAUAAUAAUAAUAAUUCUGAUUCAACAGUGUAUUCAUCCUCCUACACUGACAUGAUGCUACUUAUCCUGACAUGUUUAAUUCAAUUCUGUCAAGGACCAUGUAUCAGCAAUCAAAAUGAUCUGGCCUUUGGUAGUCCAAAUAUUUUAAAUGAGUUAGUGAAUUUAAUAUCAGAUAUACCAGUAUGGAUGAUAAAUGAUAAACUGAAUGAGAUCAGAUUCCAGCUGGCUAAAAUCAGUCUUUCGUCCAUAAAAUUACUGCUAGCUGUAUUGGAGGGACGUAGUGGAGAUAAUGUGUUUCAACGACUAUUAGAUCUCUGGCCAAUCGAUAAACUGAUAAAUGCCAUUCGAAAUUAUCAUAUUCUGUCUCAGAAUCCAAAUUUUACUUCGAAUCAUACAGACGAAAUAUUGCAUCAAUGUGGACAUUCAUUAUUCAUCUUGACACAAUAUUUAUAUAGAAGCUUUCCCAUAAUUCUUAAACAUAUGAAAAUCUCCGAUACAACUAUGCCUACGAGUCCUAUUGUUUACAAUAACUUAUCAAAAACAAAAUGGUCUGAAUUGACUUGCCAAAAUCCUGUUGAGGAGCCAGUUGAUGAGAACAAUACGACGUCAUCAUCAAAUGACUUAAGAAAGUUGAAGCUGCAUAGCACGAUUAUAAAACGUUUGAUUAAAAAUCAAAGCGAUAGUCUGCCAAGUCUUCAAAAUUAUGCAAUGAAUACAGCACAGAUAGAGAUUAUUCGUGAAAAUAAUAAAAUUGAACGUAUAAUUUAUCCAAUCCCUGAAAUGUGUCAAUAUUUAACAAAUACUAAAAAGUGUCAGCUAUUAAACAAAACUGUUAUGGAUGAUGAUCAUACUAAAUUGCCUUCAUUGUUUGAAUUGAUUGAAGAUAUUUAUGCAGAAAUGCUAUGUGCUAAACAUAUGCUUGUUCAUCCAUGGAUUCAUUGGUUUUCAUUUCGUUCUCAAUGGAUAUCAGAUGCUAGUUUCUACCAGACAUUGUGUUUGAACUUUUUAUUGAUUGCAUUCUAUCCUUUUCAAGGGGAAUCAUCCUUAUCCUAUAGCUUGAAUGAAUUUGAAACUGAGAUCGGUAUAAUACCAUUUGCCUUAUUCGCUGUCUUGUUAUGCCUUAUUUGUUCAAAUCAAUUAUCAGUGCAAAUUUAUGUUGGCUUAGAAACGCUUUACUUAUUAUUUGUCUGCGGUAGUGAAAAUAUUAUACAUGUGUUGGGUUUAACUAAUUUGAUUUUUAGACUAGCCAACUUGAUUAUUAUAUACAGACAACACAGUCUUAUAACUCAAUAUAAGAAACAUCUGUUCAUCAGUGAAAUGAAAGCGAUUGGCGAAACAGGAGACACAUUCAUGCAUCAUUCUCCAUCAUCGUCAUCCUCAUCACCAUUCUCCUCAUUAUUUAAAAUAGACAAUGUGAAAAAAUUAUUCCCUCUUCAGAGUAUAAAGAAAUUAUUCACCUCGACAUGGAGAAAAUACAGUUGUUUGUCAAUACGACAGCUAUUCAAAUGUUUUCCGACUUUAUUCACCUAUGCAAAACAACAAAAUAUGAAUGAGUUAAAUUAUAAAUUAAUUCAUAAUUUGUUACUUAUCACAUUCGCUAUAUUAGGAGUUUUCUUGCAUCCUCUAUUCCAUAGUCUAGUGUUACUCGAUGUGAUUACACGUGAAGAGACUUUGUUGAAUGUUGUUCGUUCAGUGACAAAAAAUGGUCGAUCAAUCUUUUUGACAGGAAUUUUAGCCCUAAUUAUUAUCUACUUAUAUUCUAUCGUUGGGCAUGUUUACUUCCGAAAUGAUUUUGCCAUAGAAGUCGAAGAUAAUAAAGAAGAAGAAAACGGUGAGAAAAUGGAACGACGUUGUGAUACCCUAAAGAUGUGUAUGUUAACAACUCUUCGUGAAGGUUUGCUCAAUGGAGGAGGGAUUGGUGAAGCAUUACGACGUCCAAGUAGUGAAGACAAUUCAUUCAUUUUUCGUACAAUCUACGAUUUAUCUUUCUUUGUUAUCGUGAUUGUUAUCAUACUCAACUUGAUAUUUGGUGUUAUUGUCGACACCUUUGCAGCACUUCGUCAAGAAAAACAAAAUUCUGAAGAAUUAAAUAAAAAUCAUUGUUGUGUUUGUGGUCUUCAUCGUUCAGCCUUUGAUCAUUCUAAUACAAGUUUUGAUGAACAUGUGGAAAUUGAUCAUAAUGUAUGGCAUUAUGUUUAUUUUAUAAUAUAUUUAAAAACUAAACCAAUUCAUGAAUUAACCAGUCAAGAAAUAUACAUAAAUAAGAUGGUGAAAAAAGGUGAAUUCAAAUGGAUUCCGCGUAGACGAGCUAUGACACUGCAUAAUAUGGACACUGUUUCUACAAAAAAAGCUGAAGAAAUUGAUCAGUUGACUAAAAAGCUUGAAAAAACUAUUCAAGCUGUGGAGAGCCUUAAUGAAGGUUUUAAAAAUUUAUCUAAGGAGAUUGCAAAACAGAACAUGGAAAAAUCCAAGGAGAAGUUAAUUUCACACAUAUCGAAUUCUAUUUCAAAUCAGUUCAAGCAAGAAAAACAAGAGGAAUAG